AUGCCUGUCGGUGCUGCGCUGUGGCGCAACUUGCGUGCGCAUCAGGUCUAUGGGGCCAAUACUGAUGUGGGAAAGACAAUUGUCUCGACUGUGUUGUGCAAUGCGAUCCAACGGCAGAAACAACAAGCUGCAUUCCUCAAGCCGGUGUCCACAGGAGCGUUGGACGACGCCGAUGAUCAACACUUAAAGCGCUUUGGCGCGGGCACAUUGACCAAAUGUCUUUACCAAUUCGAUGACCCGGUUAGCCCGCAUUUGGCUGCCAAGGACAAAGUGAUCCCACGAGACGAUGAUCUACUCGCCUCAAUUCACAAGACUCUGUCCAGCUGGGCUCAGUCGGAUAUCGACUUUGCUCUUGUCGAGACUGCGGGGGGUGUCCACUCCCCAGGCCCCAAUGGCAACUCACAGGCAGACUUGUACCGACCUCUUCGGCUGCCAAUCGUGAUGGUCGCAGACUCUCGCCUAGGGGGGAUCUCUUCCUCCAUCUCUGCUUACGAGUCGCUGCUACUUCGCGGCUAUGACGUGCAAUCGGUACUCUUGUUCCGAGAUGACUACUACCAAAAUCACGAAUACCUCCGUGAUUACUUUAAGAGCAAGAGCAUUCCUCUAGUAUCACUGCCAAAACCUCCAUCUCGCCCAUCUCAGCCCGGCGCAGAUGAUCAAUUGAGAGAUGAGGAAGCUAUGCUCACCUAUUACGAGAAGUCCGCACAGGAGUCUGACAUUCUCAGACUCUUGGAGGAGAUGACAGUCAAAAAUACCGAGCGUAUUGAACGUCUAGAAGAGAUGGGCGACCGUGCCCGAGAUCUGAUCUGGUACCCUUUCACUCAGCACCAAGGCAUGCAAGCCAAGGACAUCACCGUGAUUGACUCGGCCCACGAUGACUACUUCCAGACGUUGAAAUCCAACUCGUCCAAAAAUACCGAAAGUCAAUUACAGCCAACAUUCGAUGGGUCGGCAUCCUGGUGGACUCAAGGUUUGGGCCAUGGCAACCCUGAUUUAUCACUUUCUGCAGCCUACGCCGCUGGCCGGUACGGGCAUGUUAUGUUCGCGGGCGCCGUCCAUGAACCGGCGCUAUCUCUUGCGAGUCGCUUGCUGGAGACUAUUGGAAACCCACGGUUCACCAAGGUCUUUUACACGGACAACGGAAGCACAGGAAUGGAAGUGGCCGUAAAAAUGGGUCUGCGCGCCUCUUGCGACCGCUACGGCUGGGACGCAAGCAAGGAGCAAAUUGGCAUUCUGGGUCUCAAGGGCAGCUAUCACGGCGACACUAUUGGUGUAAUGGACUGCUCAGAGCCAUCCACCUUUAACCAAAAGGUUGAAUGGUACCGUGGCCGUGGUCACUGGUUUGACUUCCCGCUGGUCAAGAUGGUUGGCGGGUCAUGGAAAGUUGAGAUUCCCGGUGAGCUUCAAGCGGAUCUGGGUGAUAAUGCCGACUUUGCUUCAUUGGGCUCAGUCUUCGAUCUUGAACAGCGUAUUGGAUCUGCUACCGCUCAGCGCUACAAGGAUUAUAUCCACCGCACCAUUGAGGACUUGGUCCAGCGCCAGGGUAUGAAAUUUGGUGCUCUGAUUAUGGAGCCUGUUAUCCUUGGUGCUGGUGGAAUGCUCUUCUGUGACCCACUAUUCCAGAGAUGCCUGGCUGAUGUCGUCCGCGAACACCCGGAGCUAUUCUCUUCUGAUGCUACUGCUCCUAAGGAGUCCCCGUCCUGGUCAGGUCUACCAAUCAUCUUUGACGAGGUGUUCACUGGUCUGUACCGUCUGGGCCGUCCCACAUCUGCUUCAUUCCUGGGCAUUCACCCAGACGUUGCGGUCAACGCCAAACUUCUCACCGGUGGUUUGAUCCCGCUUUGUACGACGGUGGCUAGCGAGGAGAUCUUCAAUGCAUUUUCUAGCCCGGAGAAAAGUGAUGCUCUCCUCCACGGCCACAGCUACACUGCGCACGCUGUAGGCUGCACGGUCGCUGUCGACUCACUGAAGACCAUGGCACAGCUCGAUUCAAACGGAUCCUGGGAUGGAUUCCGCGAUGACUGGCACAGCAGCUCAGUUGUUCCCUCUGGAGCCUCCACUCCCGAUGUUUGGAGUGUGUGGUCCCAAGGUCUGCUACAGGACCUGUCCUGUGCCGAAUCAGUGGAAAGUGUCUUUGCUAUCGGGACUGUGCUUAGCAUUUCCCUACGUGAUGCCGAGGGUGGAGGCUAUACCUCCAACGCUGCCAAGGGUCUGCAAACAAAGCUCUCUAUUGGCGGUGAUAAGUUCAAUGUCCACUCGCGCGUCCUUGGUAACGUUCUGUAUCUCAUGUCCAGUGUGACGUCGAAAUCCGAGUCGUUGCAAGAGAUGGAGAAGCUUCUCCGGUCGGCCUUGAUUUAA